GGAGGGUGUGGAGAGUGGAGAGAACACUGGUGAGGUGCGUUGGGAUGCAAGUGAUCAUGUUGAUACCAAUCUUUUGCCAUCGUGUUCUUUCUAUGGCACUUUGGCUGACUUGUUCACUCCACAAUAUAAUGAAAACACCUUUGCCCUGUUCUUUGCGAAUCCGAACCGCAAUCUCUUGGCAUGCUUCCUUUUCGUCAGGCGCGCCAUCAUGCGUGCCUCCAAGCGUGAGGACAAUAAUAUCGCAUGCCAGGUUAGAGGUGGGAGAUGCGAGGACCUCUGGCGUGAAAUGCGGCGUGGAGAGUGAUGCUGGUGCGGUUGGGUAGACGAGGAGAGUGAUUGACAUUUUUUGUCUUCGGGCUUCCGGAAGGGCGGAAUGCCUCUUACGUGAUCAACCACACCAUGACAACAGAGGAUUAGUAAUAGCGAUGACACAUUGCGAUCGUGUUCCCUUUGUGAGCCUUGAGGGCGUGCGGAGAAGCCGCCUCCGGAAGACCGAGGCGGAGAACUUGUGGCCGGAACACCGGGAAUGACGCCGCAUGCAAUGGUUAUAUAAAGGGCAGGCAGGACCGGCCGACGUCCCCGAUCAUCGUUCGCUUUUUUGUUUUCAAUAUAGUAUCUCUGACAACCAGCGACCAUGCCUUCUUCUGCCGAUGUCAAACCCAUUCAACGCAAGCUCGGGCGCAAUGGGCCCACCGUCAAUGCCCUGGGAUUGGGAUGUAUGGGAAUGAGCGCGUUUUAUGGGCAGAAAGAUGAAGCGAGGUCAUUGAAAACGCUUGAAAAGGCAUUGGAUAUCGGGUGCACGUUCUGGGACACGGCGGAUAUUUACCUGGACAACGAAGUCUUUCUCUCAAAGAUUCUCAAAACCCGUCGCAAGGACGUUUUUCUAUGCACCAAGUUUGGGAUUCAAAGAAACGAAGAACAGAUUGUGGGUGUGAAUGGAAGUCCCGAAUACGUGCGCCAGGCCUGCGAAAAGAGUUUGCAACGCUUGGGAGUUGAGACAAUUGAUUUGUAUUACCAGCAUCGUAUUGACCCGAAAACUCCGAUCGAAGAAACCGUCAAAGCCCUCGCCGAACUGGUCAAGGAAGGCAAAAUCCGAUACAUUGGUCUUUCGGAGUGCAGUGCAGAGACUUUGCGACGAGCGCACGCGGUACACCCCAUAGCAGCCGUCCAAGUUGAGUACAGCCCUUGGACGCUCGACAUUGAAACAAAUGGCCUUCUCGCAACGGCCCGCGAACUCGGCGUCUCGAUUGUCGCUUAUUCACCGCUCGGUCGUGGAUUCCUCACUGGGCGAUACAAGUCUCCAGAUGAUCUCGACGCGGACGACUGGAGGAAAGGCAAUCCACGGUUCCAAGGCGAAAACUUUUACAAAAACCUCAAACUCGUUGAACGCAUUGAACAACUUGCCAAGGCAAAGGGUGUUACUGCGGGCCAGUUAACUUUGGCGUGGGUCUUACACCAAGGAGAGGAAUUCUUGGCUAUACCAGGCACCACCCGUGUCGAAAAUUUGGAAGCGAAUUGGGCAUCUCAGAAUAUCAAGAUUACAUCCGAGGAUGAUGCUGCGAUUCGCGCUGCCAUCAACGAGAUUGGCGUCGCAGGCCAGCGGUACGAUGCACAGUCGAUGACGUCUCUAAACCGUUAGUGUUGUGUAGUAGUAGCAUGUAGUCACACCUAUUAUUCUACAGAUUCAUGUCAUCACAUUGUUCGGAAUAUAACACGACGGGAUUUCAUCUCGUGUAUCAUCUGAACAAGAACUUUGUUUGCAUGAUGGCAAGACCUGUUCUUGGAAACCCUCGGGAUAAUAAUUGCCUUGCCCACUUUGCAUGGGAGUGUUUUGUUUCAUGACCCACU